AUAAAGUUGUGUUCUUUGUGAAUAUUCAGGGAUGUCUAUAACGCAGUAAAGUCUUAAGUAACCUUUAAAAUCACCAAUAAAUGUGUAAGAGUAUAAUGGUUACAAUUUUAAUACACCGGAUAACAUAGAACAGGUGUUUAUGAUGAGUUAACUGUUAAUAUAUUGUCCUGUAUGAAAGACAUGUGUUCACCAAACAAAAUGCUAAAGUCCCCAACAUUUGCCAUUCUAUUAUUUGCUUUUUGCCAAGUAUCGGCACAAACAUAUACAGACAUUAUAAGAGAGGUUACAAUAUCUGAAAGCCAAAAAGACUGUGGUCAAGUGGACACAUGUAAUACGACCAUGUGUGAAAGUAAUGUGACAAUAUGUGGACCGAAAUGUCAAUCUGGGCGUUUCAACUUCCCAAUAUUACGCGUUAUUUCACCAUCUAGUUCUGAUUUCAAAGACUGUGUUAAAUCCAAUCCAAUCAAACAUCCACCAAAUAUUUCAACAGAUAAAACAUUAGAAUUAUUACCAAGCAUGAACUGUUCUCAAAAAAUAGAUGUGAAUUCAACGGUUACUGUCAGUUUCUGGAUACAGGGAAACUGCACGAAUUGUACUUUGUUUGUAUUAAGUGGAGACAUGAACAUGACGUACAGAAUCUCUUUAGAACAAACUAAUUUAAUGGUCCGUGGGAUGAGUUAUAGUGGCUUUUCUUCAAGUGAAUGGAAUUUCAUGGCUUUUAGAGUUAUGCGUGAUAGAAGUGAUAUAUUUGUUGGCAGAAACUUUGUAAGAACAAUAUCUACAACAGUAAAAUCUGUCAAUGUUGAACCAUAUGUGCAGGGAAAUGAUGAGUUAACUUUGUCUGACAUCAGUAUCUAUGAGGAUUAUUUAACUGAUAAAGAAAUAGAAUCUUUAAGGAAUAUGUCACGUCUAGGUGAAGAAUGUAGAUGCCCUUCAAGUCACCCAAAUAGAAGCAGUGCAGAUAAUUGUACAGAUAAUUCUACUGAAGUAAAAAGAUUAGAUGGUGAUGGUUUCUAUACUAUUAAUGAUAUUGUACAUGAUGGAAAUCGAUCUUUACAAUGGAUGUCAAAUAACACUAUGUCUGUAGAGUUUAUAAUUAGGUUGUAUGAUAUUUAUCAGAUUCAGAAAGUGAGUGUGACAAAGAAUGAGGGUCAAAUAAAAUGGGAGAUAAGUGAGGAUGAAAAAGAAUGGGAAAACUUGGGAGAAUGUACUGUUUCUUCAAACACAUGCAUGCCAAGUAAUACACCAGUUGGUGGAGCCAUCAGGGUCACAUUGAAUAGUACUACACCUGUACAGUUUAUUAUAUCUGAAAUAUCUGUCACUGGCAAAUGUGCAUGUAAUGGUAAAGAAGACAAUUGUUCAAGACAAUUCAAUUACCAAAUGUAUACGUGUAACUGUCAAUCGGCCACAAAUACUACAGGGAAAAAUUGUGAAAAGUGCAUAAGCAGUUUUAGUAAAAAGGAUGGUACAUGUGAGUGUCAUGAUGGGUAUUAUAAUGCAUCAAAUAAUGAAUGUCGACAGUGUAAUAGUCAGGGAUCAUUAUUAACACCAUCAACAAUUGAUGUGUGCACAUGUAAACUAGGUGUAACUGGUAAAACUUGUGAUACAUGUCUAGAAACAUCAGAUGAAAGCAACAAUUGUUCUGGUGGUAUUCCUAAGCCAUGCAACUGUUCUAUUAAGGUGCCUGAAAUGGAGCCUAAGUAUGGUCCUAUGUCUGGUAGCACAGCUGUUACUAUAACAGGGCUUGAUAUAAACUAUAUACCGGAUGUCUCUAUUGGAGGUCAAAAACAGAAUAUAACUAUAAACAACUCGUCUCGCUUAGUAUUUAACACCAUGCCAAGUAAUGGUAGUAGUGAAGAUUUGAUUUUAAGCUAUUAUAAUACAACCUGGGAACCAAAUGGAUUUUAUCAAAUACAUGUGGAUGAUUUUGAAUUCAAACCUGAUCCUGAACUGGUGGGAGAAAGUGAUAAAAGAGCAGCAAUAGGAUGUAAGAUAAAGUUUGGUGGAAAAAAUCUCCAAAGUGUAUAUAAACCAACCAUAACUUUCGGUUCUGCAAAUAGCGAGUCCCAGGUUUGUGAGUCAACUGAUGGUGAAACAAUCACAUGUACAAUACCAAGUAAUAUUGGGGGCAAAGAAUUUAAUGCUAGUUUAGAUCUGGAUUGUCCCAAUUGUGGACACAAUUUCAGAUUAGUAGUUAUUUCUGAACCAACAGUAUUGAAUAAUGAAGCCUUUGACUUUACUAGUCCAUUUACCAAAACUAUUGAAAUAACAGGAAGGGACUUUAAAUUAUGUGAUAAGGACAUGGUGAUGGUUACACUGGGUGUAAAUGGUACAGAAUGUGUUAUAACUGAUAUAACGGAUGCAUCUUUAACUUGUACUCCACCAACAUCUCCACCAAAUUCAGAACAAAAACAAUACAUUUUAAAGCUGAAAAUGGGGGAUAUGAAAGAAGUAGACGUUGGUAAAUUAAACUAUAAAGAUUUGGUGGAUUCUGUAUAUUUUAUAUAUAUAAUGGUUGGUGUAGCUGGUUUUAUAGUCUUGGUACUAAUUAUUAUAGCUACAGUAUGUUUCUGGAGAAGAAACGGCAACUCAAGAGAUUCACAGUAUAAUCCUAAUGCUGAGAUUUCAAUGGAUCCGGUAAUAAGUCGUCCUAAUGAAUACAUUGGUAUUGACAAACCUUCUGCCAUAACGCAACAAACCUCAUUAGAAGAUAUGAAACGCAAGUUUUUGCGAAGAUUAGAACAUGGUAACAGAAAUGAUAUUGCAGAUAGUUUAAAGUCAGCUGAUGAAUUUACACUGGGCAAAAUAUGUACAGCUAAAGGUGAUAAAGCAAGGCGGCUUGAUGGAAUUUUGGUUAGAGAUAGAAAAAAAUUGACAAUCAAAUCUCUUAAACAUCCAUUACCAGAUAAUGGUGCUCUUCCAGCAUGGGUGUCUGUUGCAUUGAAAGAGUGUAUACGCUUUCGCACCUUAAAAGAUACAAAUAUUCUUAACAUUUAUGGAAUUGCUUUAGAAAAGCAUAAAUUUCAUAUUCUAUAUCCAUAUAUGCAUAACAGAACUUUGAAAGAUCAUGUUAGUGAUACAGAAAAGGAGUUUUCUAUAAAACAAUUAUUAGAGUAUGCAGUACAUGUAGUAGAUGGCAUGUGUUUUUUAUCAGAUAGAAGUAUAUAUCACAGAGAUCUGGCAGCGAGGAAUGUUAUGGUUGAUCAUUCAGAUACAGCUAAAAUAGCCGAUGCAUCCUUCUCAUAUGAUUUUUACCCAACAGAAUAUAUGCACGAUACUUUGAAAAAUCGCUAUCUACCAGUUCGUUGGAUGGCACCAGAAAGUCUUUCAAAUGGAUUCUACGACAGUAAAUCUGAUGUUUGGUCAUUUGGUGUUCUGCUCUGGGAGUUGUUAACAAGAGGGUGUUUUCCUUUUGUUGAUACUGCAGACAGUCAAAUAGAGGAAUGUAUCAAAGAAGGUUAUAGACUUGGACAACCAGCUAUUAUAUCUAAUAAGAUGUAUGACAUAUUGAAUAGAUAUUGGGAAGAGGAUAGUGAUUAUAGACCAACAUUUGAAGAGAUUAGUAAGGAUAUUGGAGGAAUAUUGAGUAAUGAUAAACCUGAACAAGAAGAUGUUUAUGUUAAUAUUACCAAAAAACCAAUAAGACAGAGUAUUUACAUGAAUUCAGCAUCAAUGAGAAGUCGUGGUUCUUCUCGAAAAUAAGCCUGGUAAAACAUAGGAAUUCAUCAAUUAUUCUUUACUAGACUACUCAAUAUACACAUGUGAUGAAUAAGGGUUGUUCUGAACAAUACGAGAUGUGACAAGCCUUUUGCUAUUUAGUCUGAAUCUUAUUCACUGUCCUUGGAAAGGUAAUUGUUAACAGAUAUUGGCCUAUUUAUAUAGUAAUACUUUCUCUGACUUGGUUUAAUAGUUGUAAUAUAUCAUCAGGUUAUAAUUAAGCAGACCUUAUUUACACAAAGAUCUCUGAUAGUUUAAGGUUGUUUUUUCCCCCCAUAAAAGUGUCAAAAUAUAAAAUCGAUUAUCAAUAUCUACCAUAAGAUAUCCAUCAGACAAUAGAACCACCUCAUUAGAUUGAUUGAGAGAGAGAGAGAGAGAUGGGGUUUAACGUCCCCUCGACACAGACUAGGUCAUUUCAGGACUAACAUGGUUUAAUUUUAUUUCAAUAAUUCGCUUGCGCGUAGGGGUCUUUAGCAGUGGGAGGAAACCGGAGAAAACCCACGAGGAUUAGAUUGAUUGAGAGAGAGAGAUGGGUUUUAACGUCCACUCGAAACAGACUAGGUCAUUUCAGGACUAACAUGGUUUAAUUUUAUUUCAAUAAUUCGCUUGCGCGUAGGGGUCUUUAGAAAUGGGAGGAAACUGGAGAAAACCCACGAGGUUGGACAGGCAACCCUACUCCUUGUCACGUACAACUGGGGAUUCGAAACCACGCCAGUUUACUCAAUGACAGACCUCAUGAUACAACGCACGCGUGCUAACCAUUCUGCCAUCCAACCCCCCUAGAUUGAUUAAACUCUGCAAUUUAAUGGCACUUUUAUUUAGAUUAUUAUAUUGUACUAGAUGUGUGAUCUGCUUUCAUGUAUUUGUAUAUAUAUAUAUUGGCCUUCUUCAUGAGCCUAACCUCGUGAGUUUUCUCCAGGGCCUCCCACUGCUAAAGACCCCUACGCACAAGCGAAUUUUUAAAAUAAAAUUAAACCCGAAAUGACCUAGUUUGUGUCAAGUGGAUGUUAAACCCCAUAUCUCUCUCUUCAUGAGCCCAUUUGGAGCAGAACAGUAGGACGUUAAACCACCAUUUCAUUUAUAUAUUGGAAAACGAAUAAUAAUCCCUAUAAUUUACUCACAAUCUUAUGUAUAGCUAGCUUGAAGAGGAUAGCCAUAUCAUAUAUAUAUUUUAUAGCCAAUUUUCUUUUUUGAUAAAAUUUUAGGCCUGCAAUGUUGACACAAGGUGUUAUGGAAACAUGCAUACAUAUUUUUGUUAUCACAUUUUUUUUAACCAAGCUCUAGGCUCAUGUUUUUAUUUUAUAUGUCACAUUUCAUUGUAGCCAUAACCGGUUUGUCUGAAAAAGAUAAUCCAAUUUUACUGGACAUUAUUAAUACAACCUUUUAUUAAAUGGCAGUAUCAUUCUUUACCCAUAGAAUGGGUCCAGUGUCAUACAAAAUGUAGGUCAUUAAGAUUAUGGUAUACUUUUUUUUAAGCUUUAUUUGUCCAUUUAAUAAUUUUGUACAUACAUUAACGUUAUUAUAAAGUUCCCCAUUUCACAGUUGUGUAUCUUGGAGAGAGCUUUAAACAAAGCUUUGGUUUUCGUUUUUAGUCUAAUGCUAAAAAAUAACAAUCCAUGCUUUACAUUGUUGAUAUUUUAUGCAAGGCUUGUGUACAUUGUACAUAUACAUUUGUUUGUUUUUUUUUUAAUGUCAGUUAUCUUCACAAAAAUAUGAAAUUUUAUUUAAACCCACUACAUUUUGUUUUAAUUUCUGUGUGUUUUUGUUAAUAAAUAUAUUGAA